CAUGGCGGACGGCGUGGACCACAUCGACAUCUACGCCGAUGUGGGCGAGGAAUUCAACCAGGAAGCUGAAUAUGGUGGACAUGAUCAGAUUGAUUUAUAUGAUGAUGUAAUUUCUCCAUCUGCGAAUAAUGGAGAUGCUCCAGAAGAUCGUGAUUACAUGGAUUCUCUCCCACCAUCUGUUGGGGAUGAUGUAGGUAAAGGAGCUGCACCAAAUGUUGUCUAUACAUAUACUGGAAAGAGAAUUGCCUUGUACAUUGGAAAUCUUACUUGGUGGACAACAGAUGAAGACUUAACUGAAGCAGUUCAUUCGCUGGGGGUAAAUGAUAUUUUGGAGAUAAAAUUUUUUGAAAACCGUGCUAAUGGCCAGUCUAAAGGGUUUGCCCUUGUGGGUGUGGGAUCGGAAGCAUCCUCCAAGAAGUUGAUGGAUUUGUUGCCUAAAAGAGAAUUGCAUGGGCAGAAUCCUGUUGUAACUCCGUGUAAUAAACAAUUUCUGAGUCAAUUUGAAAUGCAGUCAAGGAAAACCACACAGUCUGGCCAGAUGUCUGGGGAAGGUAAAGCUGGUCCCCCAGGAGGAAGCUCACGAGCAGCAUUUCCACCUAGUAAUAGAGGACGAGGCCGUUUUCCAGGUGCCAUUCCAGGUGGAGACAGAUUCCCUGGGCCAGCAGGGCCAGGAGGGCCACCACCACCUUUCCCAACUGGACAAACUCCCCCACGUCCACCUUUAGGUCCUCCUGGCCCACCAGGCCCACCAGGCCCUCCACCUCCUGGUCAGGUCCUCCCACCUCCAUUAGCUGGACCGCCUAAUCGUGGUGACCGUCCACCACCACCAGUUCUGUUUCCAGGACAGCCUUUUGGUCAGCCUCCACUUGGGCCACUUCCUCCAGGCCCUCCACCACCAGUUCCAGGCUAUGGGCCACCACCAGGUCCACCACCACCUCAGCAGGGUCCACCUCCACCUCCGGGUCCAUUUCCCCCUCGUCCACCUGGCCCUCUGGGGCCACCCCUGACUCUUGCUCCUCCUCCACAUCUCCCUGGGCCACCUCCAGGUGCUCCACCACCUGCACCACAUGUGAAUCCAGCUUUCUUCCCCCCACCUGCCAAUAGUGGCAUACCUACUUCAGACAGCCGUGGCCCGCCUCCGACAGAUCCAUAUGGCCGACCUCCACCAUAUGACAGAGGUGACUAUGGGCCACCUGGAAGAGAAAUGGAUGCUGCAAGGACACCUCUAAGUGAAGCAGAAUUUGAAGAAAUCAUGAAUAGAAAUAGGGCGAUCUCAAGCAGUGCCAUUUCAAGAGCUGUAUCAGAUGCCAGUGCUGGGGACUAUGGAAGUGCUAUAGAGACCUUGGUAACGGCAAUUUCCUUAAUUAAACAGUCCAAAGUGUCUGCGGAUGAUCGCUGUAAAGUACUUAUUAGCUCUCUUCAGGACUGCCUUCAUGGAAUUGAGUCCAAGUCUUAUGGUUCUGGAUCCAGAAGACGUGAGCGAUCCAGAGAGAGGGACCACAGUAGGUCACGGGAAAAAAGUAGGCGCCACAAAUCGCGUAGUAGAGAUCGUCACGAUGACUAUUAUCGGGAAAGAAGCCGUGAAAGAGAGAGGCAUCGUGAUCGCGACAGAGAUCGCGACAGAGAACGAGACAGAGAGAGAGAAUAUCGUCAUCGUUAAAGAAGCUGAAGGAAGAGGAACAACAUGCAAGACAAGAUACAUUCUUCAAGGAAAGAUGCUUGUCCAGCAGUUUGCUUCAUGUGAUUGAACUGAGCCUGUAAGGAUUCAUGGAUAAAAUGAACAGGAAUAGAUCUGAAUAAAGCAAAUCUGCAUACAUGGUAACCAGUAGCUCUUUUACUUUUUUAUGUUGCUUAAUUGUUUUAUUUGAGGGAAACCUGUGUGAUUUAAACCUUAUAGCUUUUGCAACUUUAUUACUGGUUAUAUACAUUUGGCAAUUAUAAUGUGCAAGCAAUUGGAAAACGUCAAGUAAAUGCUUGUUUUUAUAGUAGUUUGUUCAUGUUAAACUGUUCAUAUGAUAAUGUCUGUACACAGCACCACUUUGAUUACAGUAGAUGUAGUGUUGUAAUAAACUGUUUAAUGGG